UUCUACGUUCAAUCUAUGUUUCUUUUUUGGUUUCCUGUUUUCAUUUCUAAAAAUAAACUUGUCAUUGCAAGAUGAAUUAUGAUCGAUUACAUCAGUAAUUCUCAACUUUUCUCAACCUUAAAAAAGAAUCAUUACUAUCGUUUUAAUUAUUGACUCUUAGCACAAUUUAUUUUGAUAUAAUUACAUUAUUAUAUAUUUUAUAGGAAUAUCGAGAUGAUCAUUUCACUAAUUCAAAAGCUAAAUUUUUUUCUACUCUUUCUAAUUUCUUUUAUUUUAUACGACAAAAGGCACGAGUUAUUUAUAUACGAUGAAAGAGCGUUAUGAUUCAAGAAAGACUGGGAAACACUGGACAACACGAUCAUCCAGUAUCUCGAUUCUCGACUUAUGGAUCCGGCGAUCGACGAGCAUCCCUCGGAGGUGGCUCACGCGGGUCAAGGCGAACCACGUGCACGUGCGUGUACACGCAAUGGCGCGAGAACACAGGUGGAUGGUUAACGAGCCCUGGGAAAUUUUUCACCUUUUCCCUCCUCCUUAUUCUUAUUUUUCAUCUUCCUCUACUUGUUCCUCGUGUAAGAACUAGUUUCAUCGAUGUAGUCUUUUUGGUUCAGUUUGUAAUCGUGCGCUACGCAAAUCGAUCUAUAGAUACGGGACGCGUACAGUCCUUUUCUGAUCGAGAUACGGACAUGGGAACCGGUGCUAUACUCGAUGAACCUGCGAUAGGAAUGCGGGAGAAGCGAGUGGAUGCAAAGUUGUAUCGCGAGGAUGAAGUGUGUAACGAUUUCUCGUGUGCAAGGAAUUGUUCCAGACUGUCUACGCCAGUGCAGGACCACGAUGCUCGGUCACAAUUUUCGAGGAAGGAGAGGGAGAGGGGAUUUCACGCGGGGACGGCGUACACCUCCUACACCAUGGCGCGCACAGCCGCGGCGUAUAGCAGCCGCUUGACAGCUGUCACCUCGGCCGAGGGGGCGACAAGACACGGCGAGGCGGGGCGAGGCGAGUCCCGGUGAUUCAUGCGCCACGGGGGGGCACAAGGAUCCGGCGACCUCCUGUCAAGGAUUCCUUCGUCGCAUACCACGCGCUCGAGGUGACAUCGCGGCCGACUGAUUUAAUCGCGGACACACCGUGUUGCAGUCGCGUUGCGCACGGCAUGGAAUUCGAGCCGGCCCAUUUCCACCCGAUCUUUUUCCUUUUCUUUCGCGUACGUAUAUACGU